AUGAAUCACCACGUGCUGGAAGCAUUUGUUACGUUAGCAACCACCGAUGAGUACGCGUGUGGCGCUCUUGUUCUAGCCCACUCACUAAAAAGAGUUGGAACCACCAAGCAACUGGUGUGCAUGGUGACACGUUCAGUAAACGAAGCCUUGAAGUCCAUCCUUGCUGAAGUUUUCGAUCACGUUGAACUUGUCGACGUGCUAGAUAGUAAAGAUGAAUUGAACCUCGCUUUACUUUCGAGACCGGACUUAGGAGUGACUUUUACGAAACUGCAUUGUUGGAGACUUACCCAGUACAGCAAGGCCGUUUUUCUGGAUGCAGAUACUCUGGUCAUCCAAAACAUCGAUGACCUCUUUGAACGCGAGGAGUUCAGUGCCGCGCCUGAUCCUGGAUGGCCAGACUGUUUUAACACUGGCGUGUUCGUCUUCACUCCAAACCUCGAACAGUACCGAAAACUUCUCCAAUUUGCUCUUGAACAUGGAAGCUUCGACGGAGGGGAUCAGGUGAGCCCCUGUUACGCACUUUGUCAUUAUACGAGUUUUUCUGGUCACACGAACACCAGGCUAUGUCGUUAA